UGCCACUAAAACAAUAGAGCUAGUAGAAUUUUCUUUCUCUCUAAAUUACAGGACAGCACCAUCAAAGUGGACUUUGGGCGAUGGAAGGACGAAAGCGAUGACGAAUACGGAGACGACUUCAAUUUUGACAACGACAUGUCGAGCAUGAUGGCAGGCAUGGGGGAUGGAAUGGGUGGAAUGGGAGGAAUGGGAAUGGACGGGAUGGGCAUGGGUAUGGAUGAUGACGAGGAGCCGGACUCCGACGAUGAAGACGACAUGCCAGACCUCGAGGACGCCACAUCCGGAGGAGCACCCAAAACGGAAGAGACUCCGAAGCCCGCUGCGGAAGAAGCCACUGGCGACGCGACCCCCGCUGCUGCCGAAACCACCUCAUAACUCUUGUAGUUAUCACGUCUACUGCUGAUCUUCUGAUAGCUCGUGAUUAUCGUUUUCCAACUUCUGAACGACUUUUACAAGUGUAUCUUAAAAACGCCAGAAAGAUCAAUUCAUGCAAGAAAAGACUGAGGAAAACUCAUUUAUUGUAGUGAUUUUUGAUGUUACGCUUUUGCUUGAUUUUCAUGUUUUCAUUCAGGCGAUUUUUUCUUUAUACUUUACAUGUUAUGAAAGCGUAGAAGCUUCAGUACUACUUUGAUUGAUUUAUGGCGUGCUUUACGGGUGUAAAAAUGCAGUACAGUUGGCUCAGAGUUAUUUUUUGGAUCAUGAUAAAUUCGGUUUGAUAAUUUCGUUACUAUUGUUGAAAGCUGAAUUGAUCUGUUGUAAAA